CGGAAACGUCGCAAAGCAUUCUGGGGACGGCGCUGUGCCGGAGCUGUUUUAGUUCUUGGGGUUCUGUUUGUCUUCGGGAGGGUUACGGAUUUGCCGGCUUCCAGCCCACUGAAGCUGCCAGCAUGUCAGGGGUGCGCGCUGUGCGGAUCAGCAUCGAGUCGGCCUGCGAGAAGCAGGUCCAGGAGGUGGGCCUGGAUGGCACUGAGACUUACUUGCAGCCGCUGUCCAUGUCGCAAAAUCUGGCGCGUCUGGCCCAGAGGAUCGACUUCAGCCAGGGUUCUGGUUCCGAGGAGGAGGAGGCGGCGGGGGCCGAGGGCGAGGCGCAGGAUUGGGCGGGCGCGGGGUCCAGUGCAGACCAGGACGACGAGGAAGGGUUGGUAAAAUUUCAGCCUUCCCUUUGGCCUUGGGAUUCAGUGAGGAACAAUUUGAGAAGUGCCCUUACAGAGAUGUGUGUUCUGUAUGAUGUUCUCAGUAUUGUUAAAGAUAAAAAAUUUAUGACUCUUGAUCCUGUUUCUCAGGAUGCACUUCCUCCAAAACAGAAUCCUCAGACAUUGCAACUAAUAUCAAAAAAGAAGUCACUUGCUGGAGCAGCACAAAUACUGUUGAAGGGAGCGGAAAGACUGACUAAAUCAGUUACGGAAAAUCAAGAAAACAAACUACAAAGAGACUUCAACUCUGAGCUCUUGAGAUUAAGGCAACACUGGAAACUUAGAAAAGUUGGAGAUAAAAUUCUUGGGGAUCUGAGCUACAGAAGUGCAGAAACCUCUUGUCUUUCAGGUUCACCACAUUGGCAGACAAAAUUAGAAGCAGCACAAAAUGUUCUCUUAUGUAAAGAAAUUUUUGCACAACUCUCUCGGGAAGCUGUUCAGAUCAAAUCACAGAUCCCRCAUAUUGUGGUGAAAAACCAGAUAAUCUCUCAGCCCUUUCCAAGCUUGCAGUUAUCUAUUUCUUUGUGCCAUUCCUCAAAUGAUAAGAAAUCCCAAAAAUCUGCUACUGAGAAGCAAAGUCCAGAGGACCACCUCUAUGUCUUAGAGCAUAAUUUGCAUCUACUGAUUAGAGAGUUUCAUAAACAGACCUUGAGUUCCAUCAUGAUGCCUCACCCAGCAAGUGCACCUUUUGGCCACAAGAGAAUGAGACUUUCAGGUCCUCAAGCUUUUGAUAAAAAUGAAAUUAACUCAUUACAGUCCAGUGAAGGACUUCUGGAAAAAAUAAUUAAACAAGCAAAGCAUAUUUUUCUGAGGAGUAGAACUGCUGCAACCAUUGACAGCUUAGCAAGUCGCAUUGAGGAUCCUCAGAUACAGGCUCAUUGGUCAAAUAUCAAUGAUGUUUAUGAAUCUAGUGUGAAAGUUUUAAUCACAUCACAAGGUUAUGAACAAAUAUGCAAGUCCAUUCAGCUGCAACUGAAUAUUGGAGUUGAUCAGAUUCGAGUUGUACACAGAGAUGGAAGAGUAAUUACACUGUCUCAUCAGGAGCAGGAGCUACAGGAUUUUCUUCUAUCUCAGAUGUCACAGCAUCAGGUUCAUGCAGUUCAACAGCUAGCCAAGGUUAUGGGCUGGCAGGUACUCAGCUUCAGUAAUCAUGUGGGACUUGGGCCCAUAGAGAGUAUUGGCAAUGCCUCUGCCAUAACAGUGGCCUCSCCGAGUGGUGACUAUGCUAUUUCAGUUCGUAAUGGACCUGAAAGUGGCAGCAAGAUUAUGGUUCAGUUUCCCCGUAACCAGUGUAAAGACAUUCCAAAAAGUGAUGUUUUACAAGAUGGUAAAUGGAGUCAUCUUCGUGGGCCAUUUAAAGAAGUUCAGUGGAAUAAAAUGGAAGGUCGAAACUUUGUUUAUAAAAUGGAGCUACUUAUGUCUGCACUUAGCCCUUGUCUGCUAUGAUUUUUUUCCUGAAAUUGACUUGAGAUGUUUGCAAAUUAAUUAUAAGCACAAAGAAGAGAAAUCUUCCAAAGGAGUAUUAUUUAAAAAUAAUAAUUAGUAAAUGUUUUCCUAGCAAUUUGAAAUCUUUCACUUUAUAAGUGAUGUACUUUGAAAUGCAGAAGUUUAUGUACAGUUGUAGGUAUAUGGGGAGAUGUAAAAUAAUACAUUUUUUUUUAUACUGCAGUUAACCUGAAAGUGUUAUUAAUGGAGGGGAUUAAAUUUGCUGUUUAAAAUACCCAGUCUUUGAUGUUAGCAUCAAAUAAAGUGUGUAGUUAAAAAAUCUCCAAUUUUUGCCGAGCUCUUAAUAGCCCUAAUGA